CCAAACACACGCAAAAGAAAUGGUCAAGAUGGUGGAAUAUGGUGGCAAUUUCUUUUGCUUGGGGCCAUGUCUCUCAUUUGCUUGUAGUUUCCUUUUGACUAUCCAUUUGCUUUUUUGUUCUCACAAUUUCUUCUACCUGUAAAAAAAAAAACGUUGAAAAGAGAAAAAAAAGGAUAAAAACAGAAAAUUCGUUUUCCGAGAGAGUGAUCUUGGUCUACGGAGUCCUCGCAACUGUGACACAGUCAAUAGCUUGCUGCAAGUUUGACACCACCACCGGCCUUCUCUUCUACGCCUCUCGUCUCAGUCUUCCCCUCUCUCUCUCUUUCGUUAAAGUCCGAGCUCUGCUACUAGAGGGAUCUCCGUCCUCUAGCUGUUUUGUUUGACUUGGGCCGGGGGGCGUUGAUGGGUUGGAGCUCAAUCGGCGAUCGUAAUUGGUGCUGGGUGAAUUUUGAUGUGAUGAGGGAGGGCUCCAUUUUCAGCUUGGAUGUGGGAUAUGUCGAUCUUUUGGUUUCAGCUUCAUAGAUAGGGUGGUUAGAACUUUGAAGUUCAUUGCUAGGCUUGCUGUAGGCUGUAACAUUUUCGUUAGUGAGGGUUUCUCGUUUCUGGGAAAAGAGAUUGAAUUAAUAGGUAGUGGUUCUUUUUGGUUAUAUGAGAAAUUGAGGAGGAUAGUUUGUGGUGAUUGAAGGAGGCGUCAUGGGGGGCCUUUGCUCGAGGAGUUCUACUGUAGAUAAUGCUCUCGGAGGAGGUCUUUCUCAUGUGAACGGUCAUUCGAAUGAGCAUGGUUUGAUUUAUCAGUCUGGUGAAGUGAAAGUAAGUAGCAGCACGACGCCUCCAGUAAUCGUAAAUGUAGGGGAUAAGCAACAGGGAGAACAACUGGGUUCAUCGACGGAGUUAAGCGUGGUUCCUAUCGGGAUGAGUCCAGAAGAUAUGUAUGAUGGUAUUCCACGCUUGGCAAGGGUGCUGUCAAACAAAUCUAGAUCGACCAAAACAAAGCAAGCAGCCGUUGCAAAGGUUUCAGAAGUGAGUUCCCUUCUAGGUAGAGCGGGUACCGCUGGUCUCGGUAAAGCAGUGGAAGUAUUGGAUACACUUGGUAGUAGCAUGACAAAUCUCAAUCCUAGCAGCGGUUUUACCUCGGGAGUAACAACAAAAGGCAAUAAAAUUGCAAUUUUGGCAUUUGAAGUUGCCAAUACAAUUGUUAAGGGUGCCAACCUUAUGCAAUCCCUUUCAAAGGAGAAUAUCAUACAUUUGAAAGAAGUGGUGCUUCCUUCAGAAGGGGUCCAAAACUUAAUAUCAAGAGAUAUGGAAGAAUUAUUGAGAAUUGCAGCAUCAGAUAAGAGAGAAGAAUUGACUGUUUUCUCUGGAGAAGUGGUACGUUUUGGAAAUCGUUGCAAAGAUCCACAAUGGCACAAUUUGGACCGUUAUUUUGAGAAGUUAGGCUCAGAACUUACACCAGAGAGGCAGCUUAGGGAAGAGGCAGAGACAAUGAUGCAGCACUUAAUGACUAUGGUUCAGUACACAGCAGAAUUGUAUCAUGAAAUGCAUGCUUUGGACAGAUUUGAACAAGAUUACCGACGUAAACUUCAGGAAGACGAGAACUCAAAUACUACACAGAGAGGAGACAGCCUUGCAAUUUUGAGGACAGAGUUGAAGAGUCAACGGAAACAUGUGAAGAGUUUGAAGAAGAAAUCGCUAUGGUCAAAGAUUUUGGAAGAGGUAAUGGAAAAGCUUGUAGACAUCGUCCAUUUCUUGCAUUUGGAGAUUCAUGAAGCCUUUGGUAGUGCAGAUGGCGAUAGACCAUUGAAAAAUUCAACGAAUAGUCACAAGAAGCUGGGCGCUGCUGGCCUUGCUUUGCAUUAUGCAAAUAUUAUCACUCAAAUUGAUACUCUUGUCUCUCGCUCGAGUUCUGUGCCCCCAAGUACAAGAGAUGCGCUGUACCAAGGGCUGCCACCUAGCAUUAAGUCUGCCAUGCGCUCCAAAUUGCUUUCUUUCCAGUUUGACGAGGAGCUCACCGUCCCUCAAAUCAAAGACGAAAUGGAGAAAACUUUGCGGUGGCUUGUCCCGAUUGCUGCUAACACAACCAAGUAAAAGUUUUACCUUCUACUUCCAUUAGAAGAACAUUUACUUUCAAAUAUUCAUGUUUGGUUGUAGCUCUUGCCUAUGUUGUUAGAAUCCUCAUUUUAGAUAUUAGAAUCUAAGCUUUCAUGUCCGCUCUUAUGUUUAUGAUUUUAUGUUGACCAGAGCUCAAUUUUACAUAGAAUUUCAAUUUUGACUUUGUCUGAACUCAAUGUUAACCAGAGCUCAUCAUGGAUUUGGUUGGGUUGGAGAAUGGGCAAAUACAGGGUCUGAAAUGAACCGAAAGCCAGCUGGGCAGAACGACUUGCUGAGGAUCGAGACUCUGCACCAUGCUGACAAAGACAAGACCGAAACACACAUCCUCCAACUGGUGGUGUGGCUUCACCACCUUGUCAGCCAAGCAAGAGCAGCCAAUGGCGGAAUCAGAUCACCUGUCAAAUCACCGAUGCGAUCCCCAAACCAAAAGACGAUACAGCUGACAGCACAAACCCCCAGCCCUCAGUCUCCGAUGCUGACAAUUGAAGAUCAAGAGAUGCUGAGGGAUGUAACCAAAAGGAAGAAACUGCCGGGGAUAAGCAAGAGCCAGGAGUUUGACACUGCUAAAACCAGGCUAAUGAUGAGUAAGCACCACAGGUUGACCAAGAGCAGCAGUCAUUCCCCUACCCGCGAAACCAAGAGAGACCCUUUCCCUCUCAGGAGACCAUCUUCAAUCCCUGUCAUCGACUUCGACAUCGACCGGAUCAAAGCCUUGGACGUGAUCGACCGUGUCGACACGAUUCGCAGCUUGUAGAGAUGGGUAGUGUAUGGUUGGUGGUAAUCUGUAAUGAGGUGCUGUGUGGUUGUGAUGGUGGAUUUUUGUUGUUGUGUUAGUGGCCGAAGAUGGUAUGUUUAGGAGUGGAUCGCAGAAUUAAUCGCGUUAAUGUAUGAUCGAUUUAGGGUUUUUAUUAUUACAGCUUCCUUUUUCUUGUUCCUCUGCUGUACAGAUGAACUUUUGUGAAGAGUCUAUGAACAUAGCAAAGGCCCUGCCUUUUCCUUUCAGGUCAUGC